AAGGCUUUCCUGAGGUGCGUGGUGUAAUAAUUAAGAUCUCUGACAGAUAGGCUUUCAUUUAUUUAUUUGUUUAUUUAAUCAAAAGAAGAAUCGGCUCCCAAUGCACCGAAUGCUGCAUGGGAAAGCUUUCUGCCAUUCACGAGGCGCCCAGGGCUUUAAGAGAGCGCCCAGGAUUCCGGGAGUCAUUUCCGAUUAUGUAAAGGGAGAUUCUGUGCGUUUGAUCCGUGCCUGCGGCGCUGGCAGCUCCUGUGCCCCGCGCUCCGGGCAGCAGCGAGCUCUGCCCCAGCUCCCAGCUCGCCACUCCCUGACUUUUAGGUUGCCCUCUCCGAGCAUCGCCCGGGCUCCCAGCGCUGCCGGGGCCAUGGCUGUGGCCAGCCCCGGGGCUGUGCCACCAGCGGAUGCUUAGCCCGCUGCUCCCCAUCCCUGCUGCAAGGUCCAGAGGAAGAAAUGACCAUGUAGAUUCUACAGCUUGGGUGCAGCAUAAUGGGCAAUGGUGAAUGGAGUGGAGCUGGUCUGCAGCCUUGAGAGCAGCCGUUCUGUGACCUCCAGCCAGCCAGGGACACCCUCCACGCCAGGCGCAUCCUCCACGCCGCUCGCCGGACACUCGCGGGACCCUUUUUAACCUCCCACGUCGGAAUUCAAGGUUCCUCUCCGCCGGUUUUUUUUUUUUUUUUUUUUUACAGUUUUGAGGUUGUGUCAGCUGCAACGAGCGGAGCAAUAGAGCCAAGCCACGAUGGGUGACAUGACAAAUAGCGAUUUUUAUUCCAAGAACCAAAGAAAUGAGGCCAACCAUGCAGGAGAGUUUGGGUGCACGCUGCAGGAACUGCGCUCCCUCAUGGAGCUCCGAGGGACAGAAGCAGUAGUAAAAAUUAAAGAGACUUAUGGGGAAACAGAGGGGCUCUGCAGACAUCUGAAGACAUCACCAACAGAAGGAUUAGCUGGCACUGCUGCAGACCUAGAAAAAAGAAAGCUUAUUUUUGGAAAAAAUUUUAUACCUCCAAAGAAGCCAAAAACAUUCAUACAGCUAGUUUGGGAAGCCUUGCAGGAUGUGACUCUUAUAAUCUUGGAAAUUGCAGCCAUCAUAUCUUUGGGGCUUUCGUUUUAUCAGCCACCUGGAGAAGGGAAUGAAGGGUGCGGCACUGCAACAGGGGGAGCUGAGGAUGAGGGGGAGGCCGAAGCUGGCUGGAUCGAAGGCGCUGCCAUCCUGCUGUCUGUCAUCUGUGUUGUGCUGGUCACUGCCUUCAACGACUGGAGCAAGGAGAAGCAGUUCCGGGGGCUGCAGAGCCGCAUCGAGCAGGAGCAGAAGUUCACCGUGGUGCGAGGGGGACAGGUCAUCCAGAUCCCCGUGGCUGAGAUCGUGGUGGGGGACAUUGCUCAGGUGAAAUACGGUGACCUUCUACCUGCUGAUGGGAUCUUUAUCCAAGGAAAUGAUCUCAAAAUCGAUGAGAGCUCUUUGACUGGAGAGUCCGACCAGGUCCGCAAGUCGGUGGACAAGGACCCGAUGCUGCUGUCAGGCACCCAUGUCAUGGAGGGCUCUGGGCGGAUGCUGGUGACUGCUGUGGGGGUGAAUUCUCAGACUGGCAUCAUCUUCACUCUGCUGGGAGCUGGGGGAGAAGAGGAGGAGAAGAAAGACAAGAAAGGCAAGAUGCAGGAUGGGAAUAUGGAGAACAACCAGAACAAAGCCAAGCAGCAGGACGGGGCUGCCGCCAUGGAGAUGCAGCCGCUCAAGAGCGCCGAAGGGGGAGAGGGGGACGACAAGGACAAGAAGAAAUCCAACAUGCACAAGAAGGAGAAGUCCGUCCUGCAGGGCAAGCUGACCAAGCUGGCGGUGCAGAUUGGCAAAGCAGGGCUGAUCAUGUCGGCCAUCACCGUCAUCAUCCUGGUGCUCUACUUCGUCAUCGACACCUUUGGGAUGCAGGGCCGGCCCUGGCUGGCCGAGUGCACCCCCAUCUACAUCCAGUACUUCGUCAAGUUCUUCAUCAUCGGCGUCACCGUGCUGGUGGUGGCCGUGCCCGAGGGGCUCCCGCUGGCCGUCACCAUCUCGCUGGCCUACUCCGUCAAGAAAAUGAUGAAGGACAACAACCUGGUGCGGCACCUGGACGCCUGCGAGACCAUGGGCAACGCCACGGCCAUCUGCUCGGACAAGACGGGCACGCUGACCACCAACCGCAUGACCGUGGUGCAGGCCUACGUGGGCGACGUGCACUACAAGGAGAUCCCCGAGCCCGACUCCAUCCCUGCCAAAACCAUGGAGCUGCUGGUCAACGCCAUCGCCAUCAACAGCGCCUACACCACCAAGAUCCUGCCACCAGAAAAAGAGGGCGGGCUGCCUCGCCAGGUGGGCAACAAGACGGAGUGUGGCCUCCUGGGCUUUGUCCUGGAUCUGAAGCAGGAUUACGAGCCCGUCCGGAGCCUCAUCCCCGAGGAGAAGCUCUACAAGGUUUACACCUUCAACUCGGUCAGGAAGUCCAUGAGCACGGUCAUCAAACUGCCCGACGGCAGCUUCCGCAUGUACAGCAAGGGCGCCUCCGAGAUCGUCCUCAAGAAGUGUUCCAGGAUCCUCAACGCAGCUGGGGAACCUCGCAUCUUCCGGCCCCGCGACAGGGACGAGAUGGUGAAGAAGGUGAUUGAGCCCAUGGCCUGUGAUGGGCUGAGAACCAUCUGUGUGGCUUUCAGAGACUUCCCCAGCAGCCCCGAGCCCGACUGGGACAACGAGAACGACAUCUUAUCCGACCUGACCUGCAUCUGUGUCGUCGGCAUUGAGGACCCAGUAAGGCCAGAGGUGCCAGAAGCCAUCCGGAAGUGCCAGCGAGCCGGGAUCACCGUGCGCAUGGUCACCGGCGACAACAUCAACACGGCGCGCGCCAUCGCCAUCAAGUGCGGCAUCAUCCACCCGGGAGAGGACUUCCUGUGCCUCGAGGGCAAGGAGUUCAACAGGAGGAUCCGAAACGAGAAGGGAGAGAUCGAGCAGGAGCGCAUUGACAAAAUCUGGCCAAAGCUCCGGGUGCUCGCUCGCUCUUCCCCCACGGACAAACACACUUUGGUGAAAGGUAUUAUUGACAGCACACAGGUGGAACAGAGGCAGGUGGUAGCUGUGACUGGGGAUGGAACCAACGAUGGACCAGCACUUAAAAAAGCUGAUGUUGGCUUUGCAAUGGGCAUUGCUGGCACGGACGUGGCCAAGGAGGCCUCUGACAUCAUCCUGACGGACGACAACUUCAGCAGCAUCGUCAAGGCCGUCAUGUGGGGCCGCAACGUCUACGACAGCAUCUCCAAGUUCCUGCAGUUCCAGCUCACCGUCAACAUCGUGGCCGUCAUCGUGGCCUUCACCGGCGCCUGCAUCACCCAGGACUCCCCCCUGAAGGCCGUGCAGAUGCUGUGGGUGAACCUGAUCAUGGACACCUUCGCCUCGCUGGCGCUGGCCACCGAGCCGCCCUCGGAGUCGCUGCUGCUGCGCAAACCCUACGGGCGCAACAAGCCGCUCAUCUCCCGCACCAUGAUGAAGAACAUCCUGGGCCACGCCGUCUACCAGCUCACCCUCAUCUUCACCCUGCUCUUUGUCGGUGAGAAAAUGUUUAAGAUUGACAGUGGGAGGAACGCCCCACUUCACUCUCCUCCUUCUGAGCACUACACCAUCAUCUUCAACACCUUUGUCAUGAUGCAGCUCUUCAACGAGAUCAACGCCCGCAAAAUCCACGGCGAGAGGAACGUCUUCGACGGCAUCUUCAGAAACCCCAUUUUUUGCACUAUUGUCCUGGGCACAUUUGCCAUUCAGAUAGUAAUUGUCCAGUUUGGAGGAAAGCCAUUCAGCUGUUCUCCCCUGCAGCUGGACCAGUGGAUGUGGUGUGUAUUUAUUGGAUUAGGAGAGCUGGUCUGGGGUCAGGUCAUUGCAACCAUCCCAACAAGUAGGCUAAAGUUUUUAAAGGAGGCAGGGAGGCUCACUGAGAAGGAGGAGGUCCCUGAGGAAGAACUCAAUGAAGAUGUUGAAGAAAUAGAUCAUGCAGAGAGAGAACUCCGACGUGGACAAAUCCUCUGGUUCCGAGGGCUCAACAGAAUCCAAACCCAGAUCCGCGUCGUGAAGGCAUUCCGUAGCUCUCUCUAUGAAGGUUUAGAAAAACCAGAAUCUAGAACCUCUAUUCACAACUUUAUGACUCAUCCUGAAUUUAGGAUAGAAGAUUCCCAGCCCCACAUCCCACUCAUUGAUGACACAGACCUAGAAGAAGACCCUGCUCUCAAGAAAAACUCGAGUCCACCGUCCUCGCUGAACAAGAACAACAGUGCUAUCGACAGUGGAAUCAAUCUUACAACUGAUACAAGUAAAUCAGCUACCUCUUCUAGUCCAGGAAGCCCAAUACAUAGCCUGGAGACAUCACUUUAGCUGAAAAGGUCACUGCAAAAAAAAAUAAAAAGAGAAAUAUAAAAAGUUAAAGUAAAAUAAAAUAAGAAACCCCACAGCAACCGAGAUAUAUAAAUAUAUAUAUUAAAAACAUUGCUGGCUGAAAAGCUGUUUGAACUCUUAUUCACUCUGAGACAAGUGAAUGAAUCGUUGAUCACAAUGGUUUUGGGGAAAGAAUGAAUGGCUGAUUUACAUACCCCCCGUUCCCUUUCAGAAAAACAAAAACAAAAAAAAAUCCUCCUGCAUGAAUGUACUGUACACUGCUGGCCCUUCUUUCUCUCUUUUUGUUUGUUUUUGUUUCCUUUUUGGUUUUUUCUUUUUUGUUUGUUUUUUUCCUCCUUAAGCAGGAACUGCAGAGGACUUCUUUCUGAGGCUAUUUAUCCAAUUCACUGGUCUGUGAGUUUUUGAAAUGCUUGUGUGGCAUGGACUCAAUUGUAUAGAUUAAUUUAAAUAACUUUUUUGAAGUUGCAAAGCUUAACUUGCACAGUAGAUUUGCACCAGUUGGACAGAGGAACUUAAACA